UGACUGGAGUGGCCACUUAGAGCCCUGGGCCUCAGCUCCUGGACGCCUGGCUGGAAGUUGGCUGUCCUGUUUCCUGUGACCUUGAAGGUUGAACGGGAGAGGGCCCAGGGGCCCUAGCACGGUCUUCCCCAGCCUUUUCCCCUGAAUCGCUCCUCCCUUCUCUCUUCUACCCCGCCCCUUUCUACCCUAAACUGCUUCUUGGGCCGCAACUGUUUGGCUUUUUCCUCUUCCCAGCUUGGGGGCGGGCGGGGGAGAGCGAAUAGCCACCUGGGCCUUCCGGGGACAUGGAGCCCAGGAGGGUGGCGCCAGGGGCACAAGGCUGGGGGCCUCGAGCGGCGGCGGGGUCGGGGACGGCCGCGGAGCUCGUGUACCAUCUAGCGGGGGCUCUGGGCACUGAGCUGCAAGAGCUGGCGCGCCGGUUUGGGCCGGAGGCGGCGGCCGGACUGGUGCCACUCGUAGUGCGAGCGCUGGAACUUCUGGAAAAGGCUGCCGUGGGGCCUGCGCCGGACUCGCUGCAGGUGUCCGCGCAGCAGGCCGAGCUGGAGCUGCGGCGGCUGCGGGAGGAGAAUGCGCUGCUCCGCAGGGAGCUGCGCUCUGGGCCACAGGAGGAGCGCGCGCUGCUGCAGCAGCUCCAGGAGGUGACGGACAGACAGCGGGACGAGCUCCGGGCGCACCACCGCGACCUGCGGCAGCGCAGCCAAGAGACUGAGGCGUUGCAGGAGCAGCUGCAACGCCUCCUGCUGGUGAACGCCGAGUUGCGGCACAAGCUGGCCGCGGUGCAGACCCAGCUUCGGGCCGCCCAGGACCGGGAGAGGGAGCGUGAGGUGCCGCACCGAGACGCCCCGGAACUGGCAAAGGAGCGGGAACAGGGCCAGGCCGGAGAGCCCGGGUGUGAGCAGAGGCGGGAACCCGAGCGGGCGAGCCCGGACAGUCCGGCCGCUGCCCCACGGCAGCCAGAGCGCCCCCCGGAGGCAGGGCAGUGCGGCUUCAGCAGGCAGGAGCUUGAGCAGAUCCUUCAGGAGCGCAAUGAGCUCAAAGCCAAGGUGUUCCUGCUCAAGGAGGAGCUGGCCUACUUCCAGCGGGAGCUGCUCGCAGACCACCGGGUCCCCGGGCUGCUGCUUGAAGCCAUGAAGGUGGCUGUCAGGAAGCAGCGGAAGAAGAUCAAGGCCAAGAUGUUGGGGACACCAGAGGAAGCAGAGAGCAGUGAGGACGAGGACGGCUCCUGGCUCCUGCUCUCCGGCGAUAAGGAAGAGCAGCCUGCACCCGCUGAGUCCAGAGUCCAGAGUUUCUUUGGCCUGUGGUACCGGGAUAAAGCCGAGACCCCCACACCUGAGCCCAGCAGCACUGGAGAAGAAGGGGCCCCUCAGCAACCCCACGUGGAGCCUCUGGGGGGCCCUCAGCCCCCACCCCCCGACCAGCCCUGCUCUGCUCUGCGGCAGCCGCUCUGACCUGGGCCUCAGCCCACCUGGAGGCCUGGCUUUGGGGCCUGGCUGGGGCGGAUGUGUGAUGGCCCGUGAGACAGCUUCCUCCUUCGCAGCCUGUCUGGAACUCUUCCCUGAUCCCGGCCUGCACCGGGGAUUCUCCACCUGCCUCCACCCCUCCACCUCUGCACUGAGCUUCCAGAGCAACGGGGAAAAGUGCUUCCUCUCCGGUGCCUGCGCGGCCACCCCUGCAAUAGAGAGAACUGUCUUCCUUCCUCCCAGGGAGUUUCCCAGAGGGCCUGAGCCAAUGGAAUAAAGCCCUACCAUCCGGAAA